AUGCUUAGAUCAUCCAAGAGAUACUCCUAUGGAAAGCGCUGCCUCCUGUCUAUAACACCUUGCGUCCGAAUUGCAGAAAUCUUCGAUAUAUUUGACAGGUUUCAGGUAACUUUUCAAAGGAUACCCGAGACAAGGACAAUACUCAGGCGUGCAAUACAUUCCGCGAAGUCGCUAAAUGCGAAAGAAGUUGUCAAAGCACCGACAUUCCCGGACUCCGUGUCGACUGGCGAUGUCAAGUUUAUCAAGAAGGAAGGCGACGCGGUUGCGAUGGACGAGGAGGUGCUCCAGAUCGAGACGGACAAGACUGCGCUGCCGGUGAUGUCGCCGGGCCACGGCACCAUCACGAAGAUGCUAGUAAAAGACGGGGAGGCUGUCAAAUCACAGCAGCCACUGUUUGAGGUGGACGUUACUGGCGUGGCGCCGGCGGCUGCGCCAAAACCUGCGGCCGCUCCUGCAGCUGCAACAGCUCCCGCUGCACCUGCACCUGCACCUGCGGCAGCAGCUGCGCCUGCACCUGCAGCUGCGACAGCCGCUGCACCUGCAGGAGCCGCGUCCGGACCACGCGCCGCGUCAGCAACCACCACCGUUACCAAAGUGGUCAAAGGACCAGCGGGACCGACGUUAGCUGCGCAGAAGGCGGCCGAUCCGACGAAGACGAUAUCCGGCACGCGCUCCGAGUUCCCCGUGCCGAUGAACAAGAUGCGCAAACGCAUUGCGGAGAGGCUCAAAGAGGCGCAGAACACCACCGCCAUGCUCACGACCUUCAAUGAGUGCGACAUGAGUCGUCUGAUGGCCUUUCGCAAAGCCAACCUAGAGCCCUUCAUGAAGAAGUACGGAGUGAAACUGUCCUUUAUGUCACCAUUCCUGAAGGCGGCCGCCAAUGCCCUAGAAGACCAGCCGGUAGUUAAUGCAGUGAUCACUGACGACAAAAUCGUUUACAGGGAUUACGUUGACAUUUCGGUCGCGGUUGCCACACCAAAGGGUCUCGUGGUUCCGGUAUUGAGGAACGUGGAGUCUAUGGAUUACCCGCGCAUCGAGCUCGCCAUGAAUCUUCUGGCCGCUAAGGCACGCGAAGGUAAACUGACACCAAGUGACAUGCAAGGCGGCACGUUCACCAUCAGUAAUGGCGGUGUGUUUGGCUCUUUGCUGUCCAUGCCCAUCAUAAAUCUGCCACAAUCCUCCAUAUUGGGCAUGCACGCUAUAUUUCCUAGGCCCGUGGCAAUCAAUGGUGAAGUUAAAAUACGGCCAAUGAUGUAUUUGGCCUUGACCUACGACCAUAGAUUAAUAGACGGCCGUGAAGCAGUCAUGUUUCUGCGCAAAAUCAAGUCAGGCGUUGAAGACCCAACCUCGAUACUGGCUGGAAUU